AGUGUUGGUUGGGCUGGGUUUAAAUAAUUAAACCGGCGACUGAUUCCAAGAAGAAGGCUAAAAGAAAAAGAAAAAGUCAAAGUCAAAGUAAGUCAACAACUGGAGAGAGGAAUCGCAUUACCAAUUAGGGCAUCGGGUCUUCCAUUAGACCCUCACGCGUAAACGUAAGCUUCCACGACUCACCCGCCGGCGCCCGCCUUGUUCUCUUCUCUUCUCUUCUCUUCAUAUAAAUUAAUCUUUCAAUCCAAACCACACCCAUUAACAACAACAAUUCUGCAUCUUCUCCAUUCUCCAAAUCCCUUUAUUGUUACUUCUUCAUCUUAAUUUCAGAGAUGGGUUUUAGAGGAUUUGCUGAAGGAGGAAUCGCUUCCAUUGUCGCCGGAUGCUCCACUCACCCUCUCGAUCUAAUCAAAGUUCGGAUGCAAUUGGACGGCGAGAAACCGCCCCUCCCCAAUCUCCGCCCAGCUCUUGCAUUCAACGCCACUCCUUCCGCCGCCGUUGUGUCGCCGGAAUCUUUCCACAUUCCGCCGCCGCAGCCGCGCGCCGGACCCAUUUCGGUCGGCGUGCGGAUUGUCCAGUCCGAAGGCGUCGCCGCGCUGUUCUCCGGCGUCUCCGCCACCGUUCUCCGGCAGACUCUGUACUCCACCACCCGGAUGGGUCUCUACGACGUGCUCAAGACGAAAUGGACCGACCCGAACUCCGGGAACAUGCCUCUGGUUCGGAAAAUCGCGGCGGGUCUAAUAGCCGGCGGAAUUGGGGCGGCGGUGGGGAACCCGGCGGACGUGGCAAUGGUGAGGAUGCAGGCCGACGGGCGGCUCCCGGCGGGUCAGCGGCGGAAUUACAAGGGCGUGGUGGACGCGAUAACGCGAAUGUCGAAGCAGGAGGGAAUCGGUAGCCUGUGGCGCGGGUCAUCGCUUACGGUGAACCGCGCGAUGAUCGUGACGGCGUCGCAAUUGGCGUCGUACGAUCAGAUAAAGGAGACGAUAUUGGAGAAGGGAGUGAUGAAGGACGGGCUUGGGACUCACGUGACGGCGAGUUUCGCGGCGGGGUUUGUGGCCGCGGUGGCGUCGAAUCCGGUGGAUGUUAUAAAGACGAGAGUGAUGAAUAUGAAGGUGGAGGGCGGGGCGACGCCGCCGUACAGUGGGGCGUUGGACUGUGCGAUGAAGACGGUGAAAGCGGAGGGGCCGAUGGCUCUCUACAAAGGAUUUAUUCCUACAAUUUCAAGGCAGGGACCUUUCACUGUCGUCUUGUUUGUCACACUUGAACAAGUUCGAAAGAUUUUCAACCAAUUUUGACUUUAUGAUGACCCAAAUUGUGGGCGUUUAUAAUUUACAUUAUUAGAGAUUCAUUUC